AUCGCUCUCUCCGUCUGUGUCAGACUUCUGUUGGGCUGCUGCUGCUGAAAGUGAACUCCUGAAGCCGCUUAAACGAGUCAGUUAAUCUCCCCGCAGCGGCACAGAGUGCGCGGAGAGACCAUCAGCCUCACAGAGUCCUGGCUGAGCGCAGCUGAUUUGAGCGCAGACAGUCUGAAAAGUCAAGUUUGUUUACUCAUGUUUAAUUUGCCUUAUUAAAUUCCAAAUUGCUUCAUUCCUUAUCAGGAGAAAAUCCUCUCAGAAGAAGGGAUUUAUACAUUUCCUCCUCAACAUGUUAAUCAUUGCUCUGCUCAUCACCACCGUCUCUGCGACCAGGACCAGCGUUCCGAGGCUGAGACUGACCUACAAAGACCUGCUGACCACCAACAGAUCUUCCGUCUUCAUCGGCCAUCACGGGCAGCUCGCUUUGAGCUCCGUCUUUCUGGAUGAGUAUCGGGAUCGGCUCUUCCUGGGGGGGAAAGAUGUACUCUACUCUCUCAUGCUGGGCCCCAUCAGCACUGAAGCCAAAGAGAUACACUGGCCCCCGUUACCAGGCAACAAAGAAGACUGCAUCCAAGCGGGGAAAGAGCAGAAAGAGUGUGCCAACUUUGUGCGUCUCCUGCAGCCUUACAACCGCACUCACCUAUUGGCCUGUGGCACUGGUGCCUUUCAACCUAUGUGUGUCUUUAUCUAUGUGGGCCACAGAGGAGAGCAUGUGUUCACCAUGAACACCGGGAAUGUGGAGAGUGGACGAGGAAAAGUUCCACACGACCCCAGCCUCAAGUUUGCCAGCACCUUCAGUGGAGGAGAGUUGUACACCGGACUGACAGCAGAUUUCCUGGGAAGAGACGCUGUGAUCUUCAGGAGCAUGAGCGGCCGUUCCACCAUGAGAACAGAGACGGACCAGAGAAUCCUUCAUGACCCCAAAUUCAUUGCUGCACACCUCAUCCCGGACAAUAAUGACAGGGACGAUGAUAAAGUGUAUUUCUUCUUUACGGAAAAGGCCUCAGAGGCGGGGGACAGGGAAGGCGCCAUACACACUCGAGUCGGACGAGUGUGCGCGAAUGAUGUUGGAGGCCAGAGGGUUUUGGUCAACAAGUGGAGCACUUUCAUAAAAGUCCGGCUGGUUUGCUCAGUACCAGGACCUCAUGGCAUUGACACACACUUUAACCAGCUAGAGGAUGUUUUCCUGCUGAGGACAAAAGACGAAAGGAAUCCAGACAUCUAUGCAAUCUUCAGCACCAUCAGCAACGUCUUCCAGGGCUUUGCUGUCUGUGUUUACCGCAUGGCUGACAUCAGAGAAGCUUUCAAUGGACCUUUUGCUCACAAAGAGGGUCCUGAACACCGGUGGCGUGCUUAUGAAGGCAGAGUGCCUUAUCCAAGACCAGGGGUGUGCCCGAGUAAAAUCACCAACCAGCCUGGAAGAGAGUUUGGCAGCACCAAGGACUUUCCUGACUCGGUGCUGCAGUUUGCUCGCAGCCACCCACUGAUGUGGCGCUCGGUGCAGCCGGCCCAACGCCAGCCCGUGCUUGUAAAGACCAACAUUCCUUACAAGCUGAAACAAAUUGUGGUAGACAGGGUCGAGGCAGAGGAUGGGCAGUAUGAUGUCAUGUUCAUCGGGACAGAUGUUGGCACAGUGUUGAAGGUGAUCGCUCUGAACGUGAACAGUCUGGAAACAGAAGAGAUCACACUUGAAGAACUGCAAGUCUUUAAAUUGCCAACUCCUAUAACAUCCAUGGAUAUAUCUGUGAAAAGGCAAGCCUUGUAUGUGGGCUCUCCAUCAGGUGUGGCGCAGGUGAAGCUGCACUGCUGCGAGACCUACGGGAAAGCUUGCGCUGAGUGCUGCCUCGCCAGAGACCCGUACUGUGCGUGGGAUGGCUCAUCCUGCUCACGAUUCGUUCCCAGCAACAAACGUCGAUAUCGCAGACAAGAUGUUAGACAUGGAAACCCUGUGCUGCAGUGUGUGGAUCAGAGCCUGAGCGGCCUGGACGUUACAGAGGACAAGGUAGUGUACGGGACUGAGAACAACAGCACCUUCCUUGAAUGUGUUCCUCGCUCCCCACAAGCUACUGUCACCUGGCUGAUCCAGCGUGACGACCACAAAGAAGAAGUGAAGCUGGACGAGCGUGUGAUGACAACAGAGCGGGGCCUACUCUUUCAUCAUCUCUUUAAGCAGGAUGAGGGUGUUUACAUCUGCCGCACCAGAGAGCACGGCUUCACGCAGAUCCUGGCACGCUUUACACUUGAAGUCCUCCAGGGAGAUUUGGUGAACGAGCUGAUGGCCCGUGACAGAGCGGGCUUCUCCGAUGGCCUCAAAGAUAGAUCUGCAGGAAGCUACAGGUCCUGGAUGCCCUGCAGCACGUACAGCAGGAGCGGCUCUGCAAGCCAGAUCGGUCAGUCACGGACCUGGUUCAAGGACAUCAUGCAGCUCAUUGGGCCCUCAAACUUGCCACAUGUGGAGGAGUACUGUGAGAGGAUGUGGUGCAAUGACAAGCUCAAGAGGAAGCACAAGGGCAUGCUGGAGAAAUACCGCCAAGCUCAAGAGAGUGCCAGGAAGGCUCGUAGCAAGAGCUCUGGGGAACGCAAUCGGACGCCGCGAGACCUGAGGGGGAGGGAGGAGUGAUGAAGAGGAGGACAAAGAGGCGGUCCAGUUCAGGUGUUCUGUUGUGUCGUUCACUCAGAUGCUGGUGCUAAUUCAGAGGUCUGAGUGCGCCGAGGCCACUGACCCCCACAGUGACCUUAAAAGACAAGUUUGACUGUCAAAACAGCAGCACCACUAACUGUACAUAGACUGCAAACAUCAGUCCUGCAUGAGUGAUAGUGUGAAUGAUUUGUUCAGACCUGUGUUGGACUUCAAAAUGGCUAAAUGGCACAUUAAAAGUAGAUUUUCCAGGUUUUUUGCAGCCACAAGUGAUGGUUUGGGGUGUGAUCAGAGGAGCAACACAAAAAAGAUGAUCCAAACAGCCAGAUUUUAGUUUGUUGACCUCUUCUUUUUUGGCCAUCGUACUGUUAUUUCAGAUUAUUUUAGAUACAAUGGUUUAUCUUGAUUAGCGCAAAGAAUCAAAGGAAAACUUGAACAAUUUCAGCAUCAUGCCUUGUCUUCUGCUUCAGCUGUGAACAUACAGUGAUUUCAGUUUAGGCUGUCUGUUCUCUGGAAAGACAUCAAAAGGCUUCAUUGUGUCCGUAUGAACUUCUGUUACGGAGCCCUUCUUUAAUCAAAUCGUUUGUUUCUGAGAAAAUUGACCAAAACUCACAUUUGCAACACAUUAGUGGUCUGACUUACACACUCCUUCACGUACGCUUUUCAUCUGUAUGUUUUUGUAGUUUGUGAGAACUUUGCAUCCACUGGUUAGUUAUUUUCUAAGAAAUGUCCACAUAAACACUCAACACUUCAUGUUUAAAUUUUGGAUUUAUUUUGCUUUUCACUUUAUAUCCAACAAUCCAUAAUCCAACCACCCACUUUGAACUUUUCUAUAUCCUAGAUUAAUUAAAUAUCUAACUAUUUCAGUUAUUUGGCAAGGAUCAGAGAGGAUGGUGCUCCCAUCCUCUGUGCUGUGAAAUCACAUUCUAGUUGUCAGAUGAGCAAAAGUCAUAGAUGCAUUUGUAAAAUAUUAAGCUUUUCUUUGUUUUAAAGUGGAGUUUUUUAAUCUAAAUCUGCAGUUCGUAGAAAUCCCAUCAAGCUGUUUCUUUGCUGAAAAAAACCUUUAGAUGUUUAAGCUGCUUUAAAUUCCACAGAACUUUCUUCUCUGGCGACCACAUUCUGAGCUGCAGGUAGCUGGGGGUUGAAAUUCUGACGCUCGGCUCUUCCUGCAGUUUAUCAGUUUGAUCGUGUUCUCGCCGAAGCCCAUGAGUUUUCCCACAUCAGCACAUAUAAUUACAUUCAUCAGGCCUUCAUCAGGCCUUCAUCAGGCCUUCAUCAAGCCUGACAAGUAAGCGUGAGGAAAAUUUUACGGUUAAAGUUUUGACUGGUGAGCUUUGCGUGUAAGAUAAGCCUUCACAGCUGGAGUCAAAAGCAGGACCUGAGAUUCUGGCAACACGUUACAUGAGAAAAAGAAGUCUGAUUAAUACAUUUUUUACUGUUCUUUUUUAAAUACAUUUUUUUUUUUUUAUUCUUUAAAGUUGUUUUAUUUUAGACUUUCUUUAAAAAGGUACUUAAGCAUGUAACAAAUUUAAAAUCCUCAAAUACAUUCUCUUUCAAAACUCUUUUUUUUUUCAAAUUUAAAUGAUAUUUGUCAUUGUAACAUGCAAAGCGUACUUUUAUUCAGCAUUAUUUUCAAGAAAUGAUCCCCUUUUAGCAAACUAAUGUUGUCCUACAUGUUCUCAUUGCUCCAGAGUCAUAGUUGCCUGCAGGGCAGAUGUUUGCAGUCAGACGUGUUGCACAGAAAUGUGUUCUGACUGAUUAAAUGCAGUUGUCUCUUGGACGGCAUAACAGGGGGUGUAGAUAAGUGACUGAACAGCAGAAAUGACGUUGCGAUAUUGAUUGGGGCAUUUGACCUUUUUAAUUCAAGUUUCCAAUCGUUUGUUGUGUUCGCUGUACUUCCUUCACUUUGUUUUCUUUUUCAUGACACACUGUUUGGUUUCACAGCUUUGCUGCCUAAACGUCCGACAGUGGUACUUUAUGGUGUGUUUGUAAAUAUCAGCUAAUUUUUUUUUUUAAUAUGCUAUUAUUUACUGUAUGACUCCGUUCUUUGAACUUCAGAACCACUCUGCAUUAACUGGAAGAAACCCACAAAAAACAGCCGUUGUAUUGAAAAUGUCUUUUUUAUUUAGUGCAACUUGAUCCUUUAAGGCGCAAUCAUAUGAUCACUUGACAUCUUUACUCCUUUAAAGGAGGCGGAAAAAAUCAAACAAAAACAAACAAAAGGAAGAAUUUCAGAGUUUCAGAUCUUAAUGUGAAGAUAAACAACUCAAUUUUUGUGUUUUUUGUUUUACUGUGUUGCAAAAAUGUGAGCUUGUGAUGGGAUCUUGGACAGAAAUGAAAUGUAUAUUUAUGUUUUAUUUAAGUGACUCCACAGUGCAUGUUAUGAACCUGUAUGCAAUUAAACACAUUAAAAGUCAAACUUUUCUAAAGUACAGGCA